AAGAGCACUUAUGCGUAACGCUCGGUGGUGGUUGCGCAUGCCUCUUACUUCCGGUCGGGUGUACAGUCAUGCGCACUAACCUAUUUCACGUCUGCCUUGCAAGCGUGUAGUUGCACCUGGCAGUGGUGCUUCCAGCGAACUCGUCUGUUGUCCGUUGCACCGGUCUCACCCCUCUCCUCUACUUGUAGAAAGAUGUCGGUCAAAAGUAAGCGAUGGACCGUUGCGAAAAUGUUCGAAGGAGAACCCAAGAUGUCUGACUUCCAACUUGUGGAAGAGGAAAUUCCCACAGCUCUGAAGCCAGGAGAGGUUUUGGUGGAAGCGCUGUAUCUGACCGUGGAUCCCUACAUGAGAUGGAGGUCAUACGAAGCUGGAGAGACCCUCAUUGGCGAGCAAGUCGGAAGAAUCAAAGUAAGCAACAACUCCAACUUCCCGGAAGGCACUCUUGUGCUGGCGUACACCGGGUGGAGAACACAUUCUUUGGUGUCCAACACCGAGGAGAACACUUUCCUCGGUCCAAUUGUAAAAUCCCUUCCGGACUUUGGUGAACUGUCACCUUCUUUGGCCAUUGGCUGCUUGGGAAUGCCAGGACUGACAGCUUAUUUCGGAUUGCUGGAGCGAGGUGAAGUCAAGGCCGGCGAGACGGUGCUGGUCAGCGCAGCAGCAGGAGCUGUGGGCAGUGUGGUUGGACAGAUCGCCAAGAUCAAAGGCUGCAAAGUCAUCGGCUCCGCUGGAAGCGACGAGAAAUGCGAUUGGCUGAAAGAGAUCGGCUUUGAUCACGUGUUCAACUACAAGACACAAACAGUCGACGACGCGCUGACAGAGUUUGCACCUGAGGGAGUGGAUGUGUAUUUUGACAACGUGGGUGGAGACUUCACCUAUGAUGUCCUGAAAAGUCACAUCAAGUUUGGCGGACGAAUUGUCGCAUGCGGAUCUGUUUCUUCUUACAAUAAAUCGGAGGACGAAAGAACAGAGCGAAGCAUCGCAAAGUUUGUCAUCUACAAGGAGCUGAACAUCCGCGGAUUCAUCAUCGGCGCUCACGUCAAGCGCUUUGCGGAAGGCCUGAGUGAGAUGCUGCGGUGGGUCAGAGAGGGGAAGAUUAAAUACAAAGAAACCGUCACGGAAGGAUUUGAAAACAUGCCCAACGCCUUCAUCUCGCUCUUACGGGGCGGAAACAUUGGCAAAGCCCUUGUCAAAGUCUGAGAGUAUAAUGAAGACGGGAUCCACGUUUUGUCACGUGCUCAAGUGACGCCGUCGUCACGGUGUGCAAACUAUCGUCAAGUUCCUUCUUCACGCUGUUAUCGACACGUGACACCCAGAGGAGUUUUAUGCUAGUAAUUAAGGGUUAGGUGUAUCAGUUUGUUUCAUCGACUUUAUCAACAGGAACAAUUUUGAGCAGCAUACACUGACAAAAGCAUAAGGACUCAUCCGGAAAUGUAUUUUGUGAAAGUUUAAUGAUGCAGUGAAUGAAAUGAAACUUUGGGUAUUUGGUUUAUUGAGAUGGCGUUGAAUCUCGACCACCCAGAAAGAAAUACACGUCCUUUAUUUUU